UCUACGUACACUCCCACUUCUUCUCCUCAAAAUUCAUCAGACCCAUUUCUAUUCCGACUCCCAAAAAUGGCGAUUCGUCUUCCUGUGAUAUGUCUUCUUGGUUCAUUCAUGGUCAUUGCUAUUGCGGCUGAUUUAACACCGGAGCGUUAUUGGAGCACUGCUUUACCAAACACUCCCAUUCCUAACUCUCUCCAUAAUCUUUUGAAUCUCGACUUCACCGACGAGAAAAGCACCAACGUCCAAGUAGGUAAAGGCAGCGUAAACGUUAACGCCGGAAAAGGUAAGCCCAGCGGAGGAACUGCCGUGAACGUCGGAAAGGGAGGUGUACAUGUGGACACCGGCAAGGGUAAGCCUGGAGGAGGGACACACGUGAGCGUUAGCGGCGGAAAAGGUCACGGAGGUGGCGUUGGAGUCCACACUGGUAAACCCGGGAAGAGAACCGACGUAGGAGUCGGUAAAGGCGGUGUGACGGUGCGCACGCGCCAUAAGGGCAAGCCGGUUUACGUCGGUGUGAAACCAGGACCCAACCCUUUCGUGUAUAACUAUGCAGCGAAGGAGACUCAGCUCCACGAUGAUCCAAACGCGGCUAUCUUCUUCUUGGAGAAGGACUUGGUCCCCGGAAAAGCUAUGAACGUCCGGUUUAACGCGGAGGAUGGUUACGGAGGCAAAACGGCUUUCUUGCCACGUGGAGAGGCGGAAACGGUACCGUUUGGUUCGGAGAAGUUUUCGGAGACAUUGAACCGAUUCUCGGUGGAAGCUGGUUCGGAAGAAGCUGAGAUGAUGAAGAAGACGAUUGAGGAGUGUGAAGCUAAAAAGGUCGGUGGGGAGGAGAAGUAUUGUGCGACGUCUUUGGAGUCUAUGGUUGACUUUAGCGUCUCUAAACUUGGCAAAUCUCACAUCAGGGCUGUUUCCACUGAGGUGGCUAAGAAGAAUGCACCGAUGCAGAAGUACAAAAUCGCGGCGGCUGGAGUAAAGAAGUUGACUGACAACAACUCGGUAGUGUGUCACAAACAGAAGUACCCAUUCGCGGUGUUCUACUGCCACAAAACGAUGAUGACGAGCGUUUACGCGGUUCCACUCGAAGGAGAGAACGGGAUGCGAGCUAAAGCAGUUGCGGUGUGCCACAAGAACACCUCAGCCUGGAACCCAAACCACUUGGCCUUCAAAGUUCUUAACGUGAAGCCAGGGACCGUUCCGGUCUGCCACUUCCUCCCGGAGACCCAUGUUGUGUGGUUUGGCUACUAGAUAGAUUUGCCUUUCUAUCUUAUUGUGGGUUAUGUAUAAUAAAUUUUCAGAUAAUCUAUCUUUUGGUAUCUUUUGGCUAUGAAUAUAGAUACAUAUGCAUUUAGUAAUGCGUGGUUCCAAUAUAAGAGUGACGGCAUCUAUAUGUUCUUUUUUUUUAAACCUACGUAGCUGUCUUUUGUGGUCUGUUUCAGUGCUUCUUGUGGUUUUGCAAGAACGCUAUAAUAAAUUAGAGUUGAAAGGUUUCCAUUUC